GUUUAUAACCUAUAAAAUAAACACUGAAAAGCAAUAUGGCUACUUACAGUAGUUACAGUGCAAAUCUACUCUCUUUGGCAGAUUACUAGAAAUAUUGUCAUGGGUGACGCAGAAAAAAAAGAUUUAAAAGAGCAAGAAGUAGCAAAAAGUGCUGUCUUGGUUUCCAGCAGCUCUUUAUCGCCUCACACAACUCCAGUAAAAGGUUAUGAUUUUAACAAAGGGAUCAACUAUCAUGAAAUACUUGCAACAAUGGCAAGUUGUGGAUUCCAAGCUACAAAUUUUGGACUAGCGAUUGAAGAAGUAAAUCGCAUGCUGCACCAAAGGGACAUAAUUCUCUUGAAAGAUCAGCUAGAUGAGAUGGAAGAGGAUGAAUUUAUAAGAAGAAAAUACCAUUGUACAAUUUUUCUGGGUUAUACCUCGAAUAUGGUAUCCAGUGGUGUCAGGGAUAUUAUAAGAUUUCUUGUGCAACAUAGACUGGUAGAUUGUCUCGUAACCACAGCUGGUGGAGUGGAAGAGGAUUUCAUAAAGUGUUUGGCGCCUACAUACGUCGGCAGUUUCUAUUUGGACGAUAGGAAGCUCAGAGAGAACGGACUUAACAGAACUGGAAAUUUGUUGGUACCGAAUGAUAAUUAUUGCCUGUUCGAGGAUUGGUUAAUGCCGAAGUUGGACGCAAUGCUAUCUGAACAAAAGACGAAGGGCACUUUAUGGACGCCGUCUAAAGUGAUAACAAGACUCGGCGAGGAGAUCAAUCAUGAAGAUUCGAUUUACUAUUGGGCCGCGAAAAAUAAGAUCCCGGUGUUUUGCCCGGCGUUGACCGACGGCAGUCUCGGCGAUAUGAUGUUCUUCCACGCGCUCAAAAAUCCGGGGCUCGUUCUCGAUAUUAUCGGGGAUGUCGUGAGAUUAAACAGGAUAGCUAUGAAAGCGGUGAACAGUGGCAUGAUAAUUAUCGGAGGCGGCGUGGUGAAGCAUCACAUUUGCAAUGCUAAUCUCAUGAGGAACGGCGCAGAUUAUGCCGUUUUUAUCAACACCUCGUCGGAAUUUGACGGCAGCGACAGCGGCGCUAGGCCCGAGGAAGCGAUUUCUUGGGGAAAAAUUCGGAAGGAUGCUCAUCCUGUCAAGGUGUGUGCUGACGCCACUUUGAUAUUUCCAUUGUUGGUUGGAGAAACUUUUGCUAGAUAUCAUUCGAGAAAGACAGGAAAAAAUGAGACAAAGUGAAGCCUUUAUUUUAAAAUAAGACAAUAUUGCGCAAGUAAAAUGUGUAGGAAAGAAACAAUAAAAAUAACAAUAAUUAUAAUUGUCUAUACGAUGAUAUAUACAAUCAUAUUAGACACAAUCGUAUAGAAAAUAGAAACGGUUGUUAAAUCUGAGACAUC